AUGCAACACUCAAAGCAACUGCGAGUGCUGGUGAUCGUUUCCCAGCGAAGCUCCCUUUACAAUCUCAGUACGACUGCCCCCGAAGAGAUCGUGUUGCGAGCAAUGCGACUUGUCAAGUGGAGAAGCCGGACAUACCUCGUCUUCGACAUUGCCCAUGACGAAUACGACACAAAGCUCGGUCACCUCCCGGAACACAAUCAGCUUCAUGUGUUGGUCGCUCACUUUAGCAAGAAGAAAGCGGCUUAUCCGGCAAGCUCGUGGGUCUCACAACAAGUCAAUCAUGACGUGGCGAUGCUGCACAAUGCUAAUGGUUAUGAUGUGAGCCCACCAUUUGUCGAAGACCACACUCUCGGAGCGCCGCCGACGUACCGCAACCCACGCGACAUAUCUCUGUUACGGGUGGAAUAUGUCUAG